GUCGUGGUGCUCAAACCUCGCACGCAUAUAUAAAGAACCUCGUCCUCUAGUCUCCCCUGGUCCUAUCGCCUUGUGUAAUCUCACAUGUUCUCUUCAUUAACAAACUGAGUAGCAGGAUAGUAAGAUGCCUACCAACAGUGGCAGCGUCUUCUCGGAGACAUUACAGGAAAUCACGAACACCAAGCUCGAGGAGCUAUCCAAGAGGCGAUCCCAAUUUGAGACAACGAAGGCAAGUAUCAUCUCUCGCCUUGAGGAUGAGAAGGACCCUCUCAAACGCCUGGGCUUGUUGAGCCAAGGCGUCAAGGAUAGUUAUGCUAUCAAGACGACCAAGACCGGCGAGAUCCUCGCUGGCGAAUCCAAGAAUGCCGAAUUAGAGCUCGAGUUGAGGAAUUUGGAUAGUUUUAUGGCCCAGUCCAAGUAUGAUCCCUCCAUAACGCCUCAGCUCAUGCGAGUCUGGGAAGAGUCACUUCUGCGUCAUCUCUAUACACAGUCAUCCAAAUUUGAGUAUGCAUCGCUCUACGCGCAACUCGUCACUGAGUGGCUUUCCACAGAGAGAGCCGUCCCAGGUACUGGAGAAGACGUCGAAAUGGCCGAGGGAUAUGAGGAUGUCGGCGACUCUAUGAAAAAGGAAGCUCGUCAUACAUGGGAGAAAGUCGUAUUCGAGCCUGCCGAAGUAGACGGAGGCGCACUAAGGACUUACCUACUUCACCUGUUCGGUCUACGAGGCGAAGACAAACCAGCUAAGGCUAAAGCACUAGAGCAGCUGCGACGCAAGCUUACCGAGUUCGAGGUGACAAUGGCUGCACCGAAACAGUUCGAUCCCACAACUUUAACCUGGGUCAUCAAAGGGCUCCUCGCCUCGGAUCUGCUUACCGAUGAAAGACGCGAGGUGCUGAGAGACUUCCUCUCCAACUCAACCAUUCUGGCCGAGGUGGCUGACGUUCUGAACAUGCGACUUGCUGCCCUCUCGACCUGGUCAUGGGGCGAUAGCGUCGCCCUUGAGCAACAGCGAAAAAUUUCAGGUGUCUACAAUGUCUUGAUGCAUGAAGACGUGCUUCAAGCCGUCUUUCUCCACUAUAUUGGCGUCAAAUGGUCCGUCUUUUUGAAGGGUGCGUUCAGGCAAUUUCGCAAAUAUGAUGGGGCCUGGAAAUCUUCAAGGAAAACAAUCCCUCAGCUCGAUCAGCAGCGUCGGGAAUACUACAUCGGUGUUGACUCUAUCUAUCGUAACUCCUCAGUCCACUCGGCUAGAGAUCAGUUAUAUCGCAAGCAUUACUUUAUGGCCGGCUUAAUGAGUCAUACCGCACAGCAGAACACCUCUCUCGAGGGCGAAGAAGAGGCAAAUUACGCCCCUCAGAUGAUGGUUGCACAACAAGCCCAGAGACAGGCAUACCAAAUGGGGUCUAUGGUAGCUAGAGCCGCACCUCCACCCGCUCCCGCUGCCUGCAGGAUAGAGCCGGCAGGGUUGUUCGGUAGCUCAUUGCAGAGGCAGCCUAAUGAGCAGGAAGAUAGUGAUUCAGAAUCAGAGGAGCGCCGUCCAAUGGAAGAUAAACAACGCUUGAUUCGUCUGCUAUCGGCUGAGAUCGCUAUCGGCACAAAACUGCAUGGCGAAGUGACGACAUUCCACUCUGUUUUCGAAAGCUGGAAUUCGUUGCUCCCGCACGAGACGAUAUUGACUGUGAUGUCACUUCUCGGCGUUUCUGAGACGUGGAUUGCCUUCUUCAAUAAAUUUCUCAGAGCACCUCUGAAGUUCCUUGACGACAGUCCCGACACAGCACCACGUACCCGUCGUCGUGGCACUCCAGCAUCCCACGCCCUCAGCGAGAUUUUUGGUGAAUCCAUCCUUUUUUGUCUCGAUUUUUCGGUCAACCAGGCAACCGAGGGUCACAAUUUGCACCGAAUGAAUGAAGAUUUCUGGUUCUGGUCGCGGGAUCACACUGUAGCUAAGACGGCUUGGACUGCGGUGUCAGAUUUUGUCAAUGCGACGAGGACAUACAUCAACUUGAAGAAGUCGGGAACAGUCCGCAUCUCGCGAGACCCAUCAGUAAGCCUAGAUAUUGACCAGUCACUGCCUGUUGGUGAUAUCCGCUGGGGAUUUCUGAAACUGUCGACCAAGACGGGGAAGUUUGAGAUUGACCAGGCCAUGGUUGACAAGCACAUCGUAGACUUGCGAAGACAACUCGCUGACAAGCGCAAGAGUGUCAUCUCAUUCAUUCAGACCUGGAACACGUUCGCCGCGACCUUUUUCACGUCGAAUUUUGGCCAGCCAGCCAACUGCUUCGGCCGCGAGCACGUAGACCAGAUCUUAGCGACGCAUCAACGUAUCCAACGCGAGGUAUUCUCACCCUCGUCCUCAUCGCCAUCUCCCCUCCUCAUCGGUGAAGUGCAGCCAAAGGAACCAAUAACAGGCGUAGUCGAAUACCUAAAGCAUCUACUGCACACGCGCUUCGGUGUCUCCGACAUUCCAGACGCAUACCUUUUCUUCCCCAUCGAGCUCGGUGGCCUUGAUCUGCGCAGCCCCUUCGUCUCGAUCCUUCCGGUGCGCGAAGCUGUACUCGCCGACCCCAACAGCUUGCUCGACGUGUUCCUGGAGGCUGAGCGCGAUGAGUAUGCGAGGCGCAAGCUUGCUUUUGAACGCGGCGAUCGCUAUGUGUUCAGCCACCGCGGCAACGGUGCCUGGGAGCCCUCAGACCCGCGCGAGCGCGAGGUCUUCAUGCCCUUCGAGGAAUACGUGCGGCACCGCGAAGACUUGAAUUACAACUUCCGGGACAACCUAACACGCGCGUUUAAGAAGCUGCUCGAGGUGCCGAGCGAGGAAGGGGGCGUCCGUGACGCGAGCGCCGCCGUCCGCGAUGGUAUUGAAGCGCUGGCGGAUUCGUCGCAGAACCUUAAGGGCAUCACGGGCGAUUGGGAGACAAUGGAACCUUAUUGGCGCUGGGUUGCGCAAUUGUAUGGCCCCGAGGCUAUCAAGUGCUUUGGUGGUUUGAAUAUUGUUGAGCCGGGCCUCUUGCCUAUGGGCAUGGUGAGCAUUUUCCGUGACAAGAGGGUCAAGUGGCAGGGAUAGAUGGAGUUCUUGACUUAUGCAGGGCACUUGAGAAUUGGGUUU